CUCUCUCUCUCUCUCUCUAAAAAAAGCCAGAAAAAAGACGGAGAUAGAAUGCGAGACUGUGAGUGACUAUUACCGUAUUAGGCUCUAGAGAUAGAGAGAGAGGGAGAGAGAGAGAACUCAAAGUAAAACUCCGACCAUUUCGAAGAAACUAUGUUCAGACGCCUCUUGCUCUUCCUCACCUUCUUGUUAGCUCCCAAACCUUCCUACACUGGACCGGCACCAUAUGCUCUACGAAUAAGCUGUGGAGCUCGUAAUGAUGUCCAUACUCCACCAACAAAUACACUAUGGUACAAGGAUUUUGCCUAUACAGGAGGGAUACCUGCUAAUGGAACCCGCCCAAGUUUUAUCACUCCUCCGCUUACUACCCUUCGCUAUUUCCCUUUAUCUGAGGGCCCUGAAAAUUGCUACAACAUCAAUAAAGUGCCCCAUGGCCACUAUUCAGUGAGGAUCUUUUUCGGAUUGGUUGCCGAACCCAGUUUUGACAAUGAGCCUCUGUUUGAUGUUUCUGUUGAAGGAACACUAGUUUAUUCUUUGCCAUCCGGUUGGAGCAACCAUGAUGAUGAGCAAGCUUUUGUUGAAGCCCUUGUAUUUCUAGAAGAUGGCACUGCUUCUCUUUGCUUUCAUAGCACUGGUCAUGGAGAUCCGGCGAUACUUGCAAUUGAAAUUCUUCAAGUUAACGAUGGAGCAUACUAUUUCGGGCCAGACUACGGUCAAGGAACAAUCCUAAGAACUGACAGAAGACUGAGCUGUGGUGCUCAGAAUCCAAAAUAUGGUGUAGACUACAGUGCCAACCACUGGGGUGGGGAUCGAUUCUGGAAUUCCAUCACUACUUUUGGCGCAGGUUCUGAUCGCGCUAUAUCAACCAACAGUAACAUCAAACACGCCUCAAAUCCGCCAAACUUUUAUCCAGAAGCUAUUUAUCAGACUGCUCUUCUUAGUACUGAUAGUCAGCCAGAUUUAGCUUACACGAUGGAUGUGGAUCCCAAUAGAAACUACUCCAUUUGGUUACACUUUGCAGAGAUUGAUCCUUCUGUUACGGGGGCAGGACAAAGGAUAUUUGAUGUCUUGAUUAACGGUGAUGUUACAUUUCAAGGCAUCGACAUUGUGAAUAUGACUGGGGAUAUUAACAGUGCUCUUGUACUGAACAAGACUUUUGCUGUUAAUGGGAGGACUUUGACAAUAACUAUACACCCCACGAAUGGAGGUCAUGCCAUAAUUAAUGCCAUUGAGAUCUUUGAGAUUAUCAUGGCUGAGUUCAAGACGUUAUCAGAUGAAGUUGGCGCUUUGCAGACAUUGAAGGGUGCAUUGGGGCUUCCUCUUCGUUUGGGGUGGAAUGGCGAUCCAUGCGUUCCACAACAGCACCCGUGGAGUGGAGCAGAUUGUCAAUUCGACAAUACUAGCAGUAAAUGGGUCAUUGAUGGGCUUGGUCUUGACAACCAAGGUUUGACGGGUUUCUUACCGAAUGACAUAUCUCGACUUGGUCAUCUACAAAACAUAAACUUGAGUGGAAACCGUAUUCAUGGAUCCAUUCCUUCCUCGCUUGGGACAAUAGCUAGCCUACAAAUGCUAGACCUUUCAUACAACUUUUUCAAUGGAUCAAUUCCUGAAAGCCUUGGACAGUUGACAUUAUUACGGAUAUUGAAUCUCAAUAGCAACUCCCUCUCAGGAAGAGUCCCGGCCACUUUAGGAGGAAAGCUGUUGCACCGAGUGAGCUUUAAUUUUACUGAUAAUGCAGGUCUUUGUGGUAUACCUGGAUUAAGAACAUGCGGGCCUCACCUUUCCCCUGGUGCAAAAAUUGGCAUUGGGUUUGGGGUUUUUGUUGCACUACUAUUCAUUGUCACCUGCUUAACAUGUUGGUGGAAAAGGCAGCAGAAUAUUCUCCGAGCCCAGAAAAUUGCAGCAAGAGACGCUCCCUAUGCAAAAGCAAGAACUCAUUUCUCUCGUGAUGUGCAAAUGACUAGGCAUCAUGGUCAUGAAAAUGCUCGGACUGCUACUGAGAAUGGGCCAAGCUUACUUUCUUAGUAGCCAUCCAUUGAUUAUUGAGAUGCUAACCAAUCAAAGUGUGCUCCUUUUUGGCAAGUUAACGCUGCAUACCGUGUGAAACAUGGAGCGCUACGAAUUCAAUUGAUUCAGCUUUGCAACAUGUCUUGAUCUUCUUGUACUUUCAUCAUGUGCGUACCUCUCCAACAACAGCUCUGUUCAGCAAUCCCCGGGAGGUUGUAAGAUCACCUGAAAGGUCAUGUCUCUCCUUGGACAUGCUUUCACAUGUUGAAGAAACUUGUAUAUUGCUUUUGUUGUUCAGUUUUGGCUGAAAUGUGGUGUAACAUUAAAAUUGAUUUAUACAAUAAUCAACACGAAAUUUGCAGUUACAUGCUUGAUAUUUGAUCUAAAUUAUGUUACGAAGUCGAUUAAUAUGAACAGGUGAUAAAUUUUGUUCUGGGAUUCAUACUCUUGUACAUCUUUGUUUUGUUUGUCUUUUAAUUUAUCAUCC